UGUUUGCAACGUAGUUGUAGUCUAACCUCAAAUUAUACUACUGUUUUGAGAAGUCACGUGUGUCACAUAGCACUCAAAUAAAUCAUUUACAAAUUAUACAAAAAUAACAGAAUAAUUUUUUUUAUUAAUAACUAAUCAAAAUGAGACGAUUAUCUGAAGAAAGAACUAAAUUAGUUUUAGAAAAAUUAGCUAAAUAUAUUGGAGAUAACGUUAAGCUGUUGGUAAAUCGACCUGAUGGAAUUUAUUGCUUCAGAGAGAAGAAAGAUCGAGUAUACUAUGUCUCAGAGAAAGUUUUAUCACUUGCAUCAACAGUUGCUCCAGAAAAUCUCGUUAGUUUCGGUACAUGUUUCGGGAAGUUUACCAAAUCUGGUAAAUUUAGGCUCCAUAUCACUGCACUUCAUUAUUUAGCUCCUUAUGCACAGCAUAAAAUAUGGCUCAAAUCGGCAGCAGAACAACAAUUUUUAUACGGACAUCACGUGGUAAAAGGUGGCAUGAGUCGAAUUACUGAAAAUACACCUCAAUACCAAGGAGUUGUAGUUUACUCUAUGAAUGAUUUACCAUUGGGUUUUGGAGUAGCUGCAAAAAGUUCAGCUGAUUGUAAACUCGCGGAUCCAAUGGCAACAAUUUGUUUUAAUCAAGCAGACUUAGGCGAAUAUAUUCGAUCAGAAGAUACAUUAUUAUAAUGAACUUUUAAUAAUAGAUUUUAUCAAUCGAUUUAUCAAGUGUCGAUUGUUGAAGCUCGAUCUUCAAGAAGCUGCUGCCAUCUACUUAGAAAAGCAUCCUGAACGCGAAUCAAAAUAUAAAUUUAUAAAAAAC